AUGAGUCAACAGUUUUCCGAGAUGUUUCAAGAUUAUCCUCAGAAUCGAUCGCCAGCGACGGGUCGAGCUUAUGGCAAUGUGACACUUAAUCACCAAUCAUCGCGACAAUUCUUGGAUAGUUAUCCACCAUCCCUUCAGAAUGGAGGACUUUACGCGUCUGAUGACGCACCACAAUAUAACGGAAAUCAAGCUGGUUAUAGAGGUCCUGCUAACAACAUUAAUUAUCCCGCCUACGAAACCCAGACCUGGAACUAUGGAGGUGCAAAUGGAGCUAGUACAAUGGGAGCAGCAAGUCGUAUGAGACCUCCGCAACAACAAGCUCGCAGACCUGAAAUCCCAACUGGCUGGGUGAAUUCAGGUACUCCAUCCCUUGGUGGUCCCAUCACCCAAACAAAUUUACAACAACACAAUUUGCCUGGCAUGUUUGAUCAACCCCAGCAUUCUCAUCGUUCACCACCACCCCCAAACCAACAGAGCGAUCACGAAGAGCUUAUUCCAACCGCCAUCGUUAUCAAGAACAUCCCGUUUGCUGUUAAGAAAGAACAACUGACAGAGAUGAUGUCUAACAUGGGAUUACCAUUGCCAUACGCCUUUAACUAUCACUUUGACAGUGGCGUUUUCAGGGGUUUGGCGUUCGCUAAUUUCACCGAUGCACGCGAAACGCAACAGGUUAUCGAUGCCUUGAACCAUAUGGACUUGCAGGGACGAAAGCUCCGAGUUGAGUACAAGAAGAUGCUUCCAGCUGCAGAGCGCGAUAGAAUCGAACGCGACAAGAGAGAAAGACGCGGCCAACUCGAGGAGCAACACCGCGCUCCUCCAAAUAUGAUUUCCUCUGGUUCUCUUCAUACCGCGGGAUCAAUGACUUCGAUGAAUUCUGGCCUGAGAACCACAUCUCCUUCACCUUCAACCAUGCGUCAAAGUGUUGUCACUUCCAAAUAUGACCUGAACGAUCCAACAACAUUAGGUUAUUACACCGAGCUUCUCCUCUUCAAGAAUGAUACCGAAAGAGAGGUUUUCACCUUCCAACCUACGGUUUCGCCAGCUGAUCGAAGAAUUAUCCAUACUCUGGCACAUAACAUGGGGCUAGAACACAAUUCGCAAGGAAAUGGAGAGCUGCGUCAGGUGCAGAUAGUUAAGACUAAGCAUGCUAGCCCACCUUUGAAUCAAAUUCAAACUGGUUAUUACAAUGAGUCCCAACGUCGUGGACUCAACCGAGCUGCAACAAUUGAUUUCAGCGAACAACGAGCUAACGACGCUGCUUACCAAAUGCAUACUUUGGGUCGACAAGGUUCCGGUCUUCUCGAUAUCCCAGGCUCCCCAGGAGUACGUGACCUACUUCAUGGUGGUCAAAGCCUACGCGCAGCGAAAUCUUUCGCUGACUUGCGCUCUUAUUCGCCAUCGCCUGCACUAUCUUCCUCGAGUUUCCCAGUCAACUUGAGCCAAAAUAUCGCUAGAUUCCAAUGCAAUGAUUACGGUCUUGGAUCAGCUACAAGCGGAACCCCCAACUUAACACCUACCUCUGCAGUAGGACCUUUAGGCCUUCGAGAGGACGCAUUCCUUGCCAACGGCAUGAGCAACAUGUCACUUGGAUAUGAUCGCCAACCUCGUUCAAACAUGCCCGGACGUAUUGGCCAAGAGAGAGAUAAUUACACGUCAAAUGCUGGUCCUAUUGGAAGCCAGCGCCCAGUCAACGGAGCACUUGAAGACAGCUCUAGAAAUGGUCAAAGCGCAGUUCCCGAGAGACAACCAAGAGGACCUACCAGUGACCAAUGGGGCUCGGGAUUUUCUCGCAGUAGACAAAACGGCCAUGCUAGCAAAGGCAGUGAUGACUCAUCCGAGCGAAAUAACUUUACCUCUGCUUCUCGAUUCAUGUAG